AUAUAAUUUCAGAAUAUUUCCAGUUCAUUCUUAAAAAAACAUAUUUAUAUAUCAGAAAAUACUUUUGAGCCAAAAGUGAAUCGUUUUUAAAGUGCACCCUUUGCGAUUAUAUCUUUAUUGACGCUUGGAAUAACGAUAAGGAAUUAAUUGUUGUGCCAAAUAGUCUUCGAAAUCUUUACCAAAGAACGAUGAGCUACCCGGAAAAACAGGAUAAUAUAACGAAAGAUGAAUGGGUUGCCAAGCUGGAAGAAAAUUCUUACACACAACGUGUCUCUAUGAACAAUUUAAUUAUGAAUUAUUUAGUUACAGAGGGAUUCAAAGAAGCUGCAGAAAAAUUUCAACAAGAAUCUGGAGUGGAACCAACAGUGGAUUUAAGUUCUUUGGAUGAUAGAAUUCGAAUUAGAGAAGCAAUUCAAAAUGGUCGUAUUCAGGAAGCAACAGAUUUAGUGAAUCAGCUACAUCCAGAAUUAUUGGAUAAUGACAGAUAUCUUUAUUUCCAUCUGCAACAAUUGCAUUUGAUUGAAUUGAUUCGUACAGGAAAAAUAGAGGAAGCUUUGCAAUUUGCUCAAGACAGAUUAAGUGAAGCUGGAGAAUCAGAUGAUGUAAUUUUAUGUGAAUUGGAACGAACCUUAGCACUAUUGGCUUUUGAUGAACCUCAUAAAAGUCCAUAUAGUGAUUUACUUCAUCCAACUCAUAGGCAAAAGAUAGCAAGUGAAUUAAAUGCAGCUAUAUUGAAGAUGGAGCAUAAAGAAUCAACUAGUCCACGAUUAAAUAACUUAUUGAAGAUGAUACUUUGGGCACAAGAUGAAUUGGAAAAGAAAAAAGUGAAAUAUCCAAAAAUGACAGAUUUAGGUAGUGCCACUAUUGAAAAUCCAAAAUAAUUUUAAAUCAGAUAAAAUAUGAAACAACAUAAAUAUAUUUAUUAGUAUGCGCGCACGCGAGAAUAUGAAUGCGGUUGAAUCAUAUGGAUAAUUAACAUAUGAAUAGGAUUUAGAGAAGGAAUAGACUUGAGUAUUUUAAUAUACUCCUGUUCAAAUUAGUAAUAAUUAUUUUCUAUAAGAAUCAUAUAUUUAUAAAUUUUGAUGAUAUAUAUAUUAUAAUAGAUGCAAAUUAAGAGAGAGGAAUGCACUGAUUACGACAAUUACGCAAGUUUUUAACAUUGCAAACUGAGGUUAUUGUUAUAAUUCUCUCCAUGCGUAUUACACCAUCGACAUGAUAAAAAAGUACAAGUUACCAGCUUGCAAAGAAGUUCAUCGAUAUUUUUUAAAUAAUACGAA